UCAAUAGCUGUUUGAAACCCUAGCGCACAUAUUUGAAUUGGAUCAGUUAGGGACGUGAUUAGGGGGGCUUUUUAAGACUUUCGGAAUGGCAGAAGAAUCUGCUGUCAAAGUUUGUGUUAGGGUCCGACCUCUCAUAGAAAGGGAGGAGGCAGCAGCGGAAAAUGCGGAGCCGGUACAGCUGUACUGGAAGGCUGAUAAACAAGCCAUCCAUCAGGUUGAUGAUGGAAACCUCACAAAAAGCUACAACUUUGACAGAGUCUUCAGUUCAGAGGAAAACACCAAACAGCUGUACCAGGACAUUGCAAAGUCGCUGGUGGUGUCCACUGUUGAGGGUUAUAAUGGCACCAUAUUUGCAUACGGGCAGACUUCAUCUGGGAAGACGUUCACGAUGAUGGGGAGCAGCCUCAUACCAGGUGUCAUCCCACUGGCUAUGGAGGAUGUCUUCCAGACUAUCAAAAAUUGUUCCAAGAAGGAGUUUCUUCUCCGAGUGAGUUACAUGGAGAUCUACAAUGAGACGGUCACAGACCUGUUGUGUGACAGCUGGAAGAGGAAACCAUUAGAGAUCCGCGAGGGCAACUAUAAAAAUGUCUAUGUGGCUGAUCUUACAGAGGAGUUAGUGACGUCACCUGAACAAGCACUGGCCUGGAUCCGCAAAGGAGAAAAGAACCGCCACUAUGGAAAGACGAAGAUGAAUGAGCGAAGCAGUCGCUCUCACGCCAUCUUCCGUAUGAUCCUUGAAAGUCGAGAGUUGAGCGAUCCAACCUCAGGAGAGAUCUCCGACGGUGCCAUCAUCGUGUCCCACUUGAAUCUGGUGGAUCUGGCUGGAGCCGAGCGAGCGAGUCAGACUGGAGCAGAUGGUACUCGCUUAAAAGAGGGAUGCAACAUCAACCGCAGUCUCUUCACUCUGGGCCAAGUCAUCAAGAAGCUGUCGGAUGAAAAUCAGAAGGGUUUCUGCAACUACAGAGACAGCAAGCUGACACGCAUCCUGCAGAACUCGCUUGGGGGCAAUGCCAAGACGGUCAUUAUCUGUACCAUCACCCCAGCUACACUGGAAGAGACCAUCAGCACACUGCAGUUUGCAAGCGCAGCAAAGCGCAUGAAGAACGAUCCACACGUAACCGAGGUGUCUGACGACGGUGCCCUGCUGAGACGCUACAGGAACGAGAUCAACGAGCUCAAACAACGUCUGCAGGAGGUUUCAUCCGUUACCAAGACGACGGUGAAUGAGAAGCAGAGCCUGUGCCAGAUGCUGCAGGAGAAGGAACAGCUGCAGCGGGAGCAGGAGGACCGCAUCCGCAACCUCACCAAGCUGCUGGUCACCUCCAACGUUGUCCUUGUCAAGAAGAUUCCGAAGAGACGCAUGACAUGGGGUGGUAAGCUGUUACAGGCUGCCCUCCCCACCGAUCAGCUAGAAGAGCUGGACACUAGCGGCCUCGUGGAGCCCUUCGUCAAGCAACGCAGGGUGGAUCUUUCAGCCAUCGUAGAGCAAGAGGACAUGGAGGAGUUUGAUGGGCGCUGGGAAAUUCCUUUGGAACGAACUCUUGACCUGGAACUGAAUCAGAGCAGUGUGACCACGCGGAACUUUUCAGAUAGUGACUACUCCCCACAUGUUUCUGAAAUGAAUGGAAGACUGUCCAGCCUGGAGGAGCAACUGGAGAAGGCAUCUCAGCUUAGACAGGAGGUGCAGCAACAGCUUGAGAAGGCAGUGCAAGAGAAACAGGAGUUGCACCUUCAACUAGAGAAGGAGGCCCAGGAGAAACAGGAGUUGCACCUUCAACUACAGAAGGAGGCUCAGGAGAAGCAGGAGUUGUACCUUCAGCUAAAGCUAGAGACAGAGACAGAAGGAGGCUCAAGAGAAAAAGGAGUUGCACCUUCAACUAGAGAAGGAGGUUCAGGAGAAACAGGAGUUGCUCCUUCAGCUAGAAGCAGAGAAGAAGGAGGUUCAGGAGAAACAGGAGUUGCACCUUCAACUACAGAAGGACGCUCAGGAGAAGCAGGAGUUGCACCUUCACUAGAGACAAAGAAGGAGGAGGUGCAGGAGAAGCAGGAGUUGUUCCUUCAACUAGAGACGGAGAAGAAGGAGGUGCAGGAGCAGCUUGAGCUGGAGGUGCUGCAGAGACAGGAGGCCAUGAAGAGGGCGGCGGAGCUCGAGAAGAAAGUGAUCGAGCUCGAGCAGCAGCAAGAAGCCACACCGCACGACACAUCCGGUUACGCCAGUGAACGGUUCAAGAGAGACUUCGGCGACACCCUCCAGCUGUGUGAAUCUCUGACCGUUGAGAAAGAAAGGCUGGAGGCUGAGCGGGACCUCUUCAUGAGGGAGUUUCAGGUGGCCAGCGAGGAAAUCGAGCGGCUGAAGCGGGACGGCGAGCGCCUGCAGGAGCAACUGGUUGAGAGGAGUGAGGACGACGAGUUCGAGUGUCUGGAGAAGGAGAGCAGGAGGGAGUAUGAGCAAGAGCUUCUGGCUGAGAUCACUGCCUUGAAGAAAGCAGCAGAGGACUCAGACAUCCAGGCUCAACAUCUCAAGGCGGAGCUGGCGACCUUCUCCGACCUGCAGGGCGAUAAGGACCUGGUGCAGGAGAUGAAGCGCCUGCAGCGCUCCGUGGACGAUGCCGAGUGCAUCAGCCGUGACACCAAGAAGGAGUGGGCCUUCCUGCGCUCGGAAAAUCUAGCCCUCAAAGAAAGAGAUGAUGUGUUCAGUGCGGACCACCAGCACAUGCAGUCAGAGCUGCACAGUGUGCAGGCGCAGCUGGAGGCAGGGAAGACCCGCUUCAAGAAGAUGCAGACUGAUCUGCAGAAGGAGCUGAUGGGGGCGUUUGAUGAAAACACCAAACUCACUGCUCUCCUCGAUGGGAAAGUCCCUAAAAAUCUAGUGGAUAGUGUCACUUUGGAGCGAACCGUGUCCGAGCUGAAGAAAGAGCUGGAACAGCACAGGCAACAUGAAGAAGAGCUGAAGAAUGAUCUGGAACGAAAGGUCAACAGCCUCACCCAACAGGUGUGUGAGUUGACAGAGCAUCUUUGCCAGAUGCAGACAGAACGAGAGGAGCUCCUGUCAUCUCAUCAGAGUAGCCAAGAGCAGCAGCAACAGGAACUUCAGAAGGCUCACGAGCAGCAGGAGCAGCUUAAAGAGGAACUCCUGAGGGCCCAGGACCUGCUCCAAGAGGCGCUUCAUAAGGCACAAGAAGAGCAACAACAGGACCUUCUGAAAGCUGAAGAACAGCAACAGCAGCUUGAAGAGAAUCAGGAAAUGUCAAACCAGGAGCUUCUGAGAGCCCAGGAACAGCUGGAAAAACUACAGCAGGAACUCCAGAAGGCCCAGGAACACAAGGAGAUGUUGCAACAGGAACUUCACAAGGCUCAAGAUCAGUCACAGGAGCUCCAGCAGCUACAGAACUCCCAGGAGCAGCAUCAACAGGAGCUACUGAAAGCCCAUGAACAUCAACAAGAGGAACUCCAAAAGGCCAAAGAACUGUUGCAUCAGGACCUUCAAUCUGCCAAGGAAGAGCAGGAGAAGCUGCAGCUAGAGCUACAGAAGGCCAAGGAAGAGCAAGAGAAACUGCAUCUAGAGCUACAGAAGGCCUUGGAGCAACAGGAAACCUUGCAGCAGGACCUUGACAAAGCUCAAGAGCAUCAGGAGGCAGAGUUCCAGAGAGCCCAAGAGCAGCUGCAACAGGAGCUCCAGGAGGCUCGCCAACAGCUACAGGAUCGCUCUAUUUCCCAGGAGCCUGGUGUGUGCUCCGAGGAGCUGGAGAAGCUCCGUUCUGACCUAAGUGCUCUCACGGCACAGAGAGCAGAGCUGCAGGAGAUACUAGAGGGUGUGAGAGAGGAGAAGAAUCAGCUGAAGAGUGACCUGGAGGAAAGCGUGGACAUGUGUGUGCAGACCCAGUCUGAGCUCCAGCAGCUGCAGAGCAGGUUGUCAUCCAGUUCCAGUGCAACAGACGAGCAGCUUCAGGAGCUGGAAGAGUUGAGGCAGGAGAAGCAGCAACUCCAGACUGACAUUCAGGAGAAUGUGGAUAUGAUGAUUGAGAACCAGACUGAGUUGAGAGAGGCCCUGGACAAGGUCAGAGAACUGGAGCGCCAGCUAGCCACCCCCAGUCUCUCUAGUACCACUACCCAGGUAGUCACACAUGCCACAGAGAACUCUCUGGAGAUCGUUGCUGAACGAGACCGUCUCUGUUCUGAGGUGGCCUCCCUCACUGCAGAGAGAGACCAGCUAAAGACGAGUCAGAAUGAGGGAGGGCAGGAGGUCCAAGAGCUGCAGGAGGCCUUGCGACAGGAGGCCCAAGAGCUGCAGGAGGCCUUACGACAGGAGCUCCUCAAGGUUCAAGAGGAGGAGCAGCAGCAAAAAGAGGACGAACUCCAGCGAGUCCGAGAGCAGUUGCAGCAGGAGCUCCAGAAGGCUCAAGAAAAUCAACCGCAAGAGCUCCUCCAGGCACAAGAGCAGCAGCGUCACUUAGAAGAAAAACUUCAGAAGGCUGAGGACCUCUUGCAGCAGGAGCUCCAGAAAGCCCAGGAAGAGCAGGAGAGUCUGCAACAGAAGCUACAUAAGGCUGAGGAGCAGAGGGAGACACUGCAGCGCCAGCUUUGUGAAAUUCAGGAGCAGCAGCAGCACAAGGAGGAGGAGCUCCAUAGAAGCCAAGAGCUGAAACAAGAGCUCCAACACACCUGCGAGACGCGUGAGAUGUCACAGGAACAGCUGCCUCACCAGGAAGAUCAGGGACUGCUCCAACAGGAGCUUCAUAAGGCCCAGGAGCAACAUCAGCAGGAGCUAAUGAAAGCCCAACAGCAGCAACAGGGUCUUGAGGAAGAGCUGAACACGGCUCUAGAGCAACAGCUAACUCUUGAGAAAGAUCUCCAGAACGCCAGAGAGCUGCAGGAACAGUUGCAGCAGGAACUACAGGAGGCUCGACAGCAUCACGCCCAGGAAGUACUGAAAGCCCAAGAGCAGCAACAGCGCUUUGAGGAAGAGCUCCGUAAAAAUGAAGAGUUGUUGCAGCAGGAGCUUCAGAGAGGACGGGAACAGCAAGAGAAGCUGCAGGAAGAUCUUCAGAAGGCUCGAGAGCAGUUACAGGAUCACUCCACCCCUCAGAACUCAGAGGUAGCCUCCGGAGAGGUGGAGAGACUGCGCUCCGACCUGAGCUCAGUCACGACACAGAGCGCAGAGCUGCAGGAGAUACUGGAAGGGCUUAGGGAGGAGAAGAACCAGCUGAAGAGAGAUCUUGAGGAGAACACGGACAUGGCUCAGGAGCAGCUGGAGGAGCUGAGGCAGGAGAAGAGACAGAUACAGACAGAUCUGCAGAACAACAUGGAUAAAGCCAGUGAACUCCAGGCACAGCUGCAGUGUGUGACUGAGGAAAGGCAGCGUCUACUGGGGGAUAAUGAGGCCGCGCAAACCCUCCAGGAGGAGGUGGAUCAGCUCCGAGCUGAAAUCGUGUCCCUGGCUGCAGACAGACAACAGCUGGAGGAGAGACUGAGGGAGGAGGAGAAGAAGCACUCUGAGGAGGUGCAGGAGCUCCGUGCGGAGAAGGAGCAGCAAACCGCAGCUGCUGUGGAGAGCUCUGAGGAGCUGGAGAGGCUGCGCUCAGACCUCGCUGCCCUCGAUGCCCAAAGAGCAGAGCUGCAGGACACACUGCAGGAAGUCCGAGAGGAGAAGAGCCAACUCCAGAGAGACCUGGAGGAGAAUGUUGACAUGGCUCAGGAGCAGCUGAACGAGCUGGAGGAGAUGAGACAGGAGAAGAGGCAACUGCAGACGGAUCUUCAGAACAACAUGGAAAGAGCCAGUGAACUCCAGGCACAGCUGCAGUGUGUGACUGAGGAAAGGCAGCGUCUACUGGGGGAUAAUGAGGCCGCGCAAACCCUCCAGGAGGAGGUGGAUCAGCUCCGAGCUGAAAUCUCGUCCCUGGCUGCAGACAGACAACAGCUGGAGGAGAGACUGAGGGAGGAGGAGAAGAAGCACUCUGAGGAGGUGCAGGAGCUCCGUGCGGAGAAGGAGCAGCACACCGCAGCUGCUGUGGAGAGCUCUGAGGAGCUGGAGAGGCUGCGCUCAGACCUCGGUGCCCUCGAUGCCCAAAGAGCAGAGCUGCAGGACACACUGCAGGAAGUCCGAGAGGAGAAGAGCCAACUCCAGAGAGACCUGGGGGAGAAUGUUGACAUGGUGCAGCGUAUGAAAGAGGAGAUUAAUGCUCAGGGGACCAGCUAUCCGGACCACACAGAGCUGAUGGCGCAAGAGAAUGACUCCCAGCAGAAUCUGCAGGUGUGGUCCCUGCGGAUCCAGCGCCUGUCCGAGCAGCUCUCUCAGAAGUUGCGCCAGCGAUGGACAUCUGCGCUGCUGGCCUCCGCUGAGCUCAGUGACCGAAGGCUGGCCAAUCAGCUGCUGCCCAGCAUGCCAUAUCUGGAGCCCCUUACCGUCGGUCUCCGGAGGCGCACUCAACAGCUGCAGGACUUGCUGUCGACCCGACUGGUGUUCCUGCAGAGGCUCGCUGUAGCCUAUAGGAACCACUAUGAGGCGCUGUGGCAGCAGGAAGCAGCAGCCCUGGAGCAGAGUGGCCUGAUGGAUCAGGCUCGGAAGAGCGCCUCUCGUCAGCCGUGUCCGCCUCAAGAUGUCCUCCGGCGCCUCCUGCUGGAGAGGAGGGCGUUUCAUCUACAGGAAAUGGCCGUGGUUGUCCAGCGCCUCGAGGAAGGAGGAGCUGAACUAGAGAAGGCCCUGAGUGUGGAGCUCCAGCACCGGACGCAGGCCAACCAGCGCCUGAGGGAGCUGUGCUCGCGCACGCCAGCCGAGCCCAGCGCGCUCUGCCUCCACCUCCAGCAGGAGACCACCCGCCGCCUCAGGGCGGCCGAGUGUGAGCAGGCCAUCUGCCAGGCCUUGGGCAGUGAGCAGGACCGUGUUGCUUCCAUCACCAAGGUAACCCAGGAGCAGCGCAGCCAGAUGGUGGCGCCAGUGAGCCUGCUCCAGCCCCCGGUCCCCGAGCACACUAAGCUCCAGCAGGACAACCAGCAGCUCCACUCCAGCCUGCAGCAGGCCCUCAGUCACACACAGGCUGUGGAGGAGAAGUUACAACAUCUCCAGGAGGCUCAUGAUCUCUCGUCUCAGCGGUGCAGUGAGCAGUUACUCCAACUAAAGGAACUGCAGGACAAACUCACGCAUGCUCGGGCCCUGGCCCAGAGUAAGAUGACUCCCAGUGCUGUUGAAAUGCAAAAGAUGAAGGAUCGACUGGUGACCAUGGAGAUGCAGAACACAAGCCUCAACACCAACCUCCAGCAAGAGCUGGAGAGGCUGACGUCAGUGCUGAAACACAAGGAGGAGUUGAUCCGUAAGCUGAAGGAGGAUUUGAGGAUGAAGCAGCAGGUCGAUGAGCACUCAUUUGUGGAGGAUUAUACUUCCAAACAUCGCGGCCACCAGGAGGAGAUUCCGCAGCAGCAGCAGAAAAUUGCUCAGUUAGAGAGCCUUCUAUCCAGCCAACAGGAGGAAGCCGAACGAUGGAAACGGCGCGCUUACAGGCUUAAGGAGGGCCGGCGAGAGGGGGGUCUCCACACGCCCACCAAGCACACACGCCCACCCACACCUACUAAAAACGCGGCCUUGAAACACACACUCCCACUCACGCCCACCAAACCCACGCACGCACAGGCCAAGCCGUCGCCCAGCAAGCGUCCGGCGCUCGGCGAGGCCCCCCUGGUGAACUCCCCCCACUGCCCGCUGCUGGGUUCUCCCAAGAGCCUGUUCUUCGACAUGCCGCCAGGAACCAACGCCCCGCCCGCCUCGCGCACCAAGGGCUUCUUCGACCACCCCACCCUGGCGCCGUCAACAGUAGGCACAGACAGUGAGGGAGACGAGGCUGACCCAAUGGCUUCUGAGGGGGGAGUCAGCGCGGCCAAGAAGUAUGACUGGAUGCCACGGUCCCCCAAACAGGGUCAACAGUGUGAAACUCAGUGAUCACCCUUGUCCUGUCCAUUUUUUUUUUCCUGUCUUGUUUUUUUUUUAUGUGUAGUAAUAAUUAAUUGUAUAUAAGUUCAAGAAUGGUUCAUUCUUUCUUUUACCAAUAAUUUUCAUACGGAUGGAUUGUCUUGUUAUUAAAGGAGAUUCCACAUUUCAUUAUCCUAUUGUGUUGCUAUGGCCAACAAGUGUCCAUUGUUCCUUGCCUUAUGACCACAACACGCAGCUUGUUCUCUGACACUCAAGCCAGAGACUCACCAAACAAACUAGCUUCGCCUGUGUCUGGGCCAACAAGGUACACUUCAACCACAAAGACUGCAGCCAACGGCCAACUAGCACAUAUGUUCUAAGAUAUGUGUUCACGGCUGUGUUUCAGUGCAAAGGCGAGUUACAACUCUCCUUGAGUACACGGGAGUGACCGAGCAUUUCCGUGAACGGACGUCUAAACUGACACAGUACCAGUACCUGUU